AUGGCCGAGUCUGUUUUUGAUGUAGGAUUAGCCCUGGAGGGUUCCCACGUACUGGUAACGGGGUCCUCGGGAGCAAUUGGAUCCGUUGUCGUCAAAGCAUUUCUUGCAGCGGGAGCAUAUGUGUCUGCAUUUGACAUUGUCGACCUUCGGGAACCGAUCGAGCAUGAGCGACUAUACUUCCAAAAGGUGGAUAUCACCGAUGAAUCUGGCCUCGAGCAGGCCAUGGAAUCAGCCAGGUCAAAAUAUGGAGUAUUAACGACAUGUGUUUUGGCCGCAGGUCUGGAUUUGUCCUACUGUCCUCAUCACUCCCUCGUCGACAUGCCGCUUCAAGCGUGGCAAAGGGUACUGAAUGUCAAUGUCGACGGCACAUUUUUGACCUGUCGAGCAUGGCUGCGAGGCAUUAGAACAUACGCAACCCCCCAGACCAGAAAUAUCUCUGCUAUUCUUUUCGGCAGCGAGGCAGGCACCUUUGGGGUCCCACAGUGUGCACCAUAUGCGGCCUCCAAGUCAGCGAUUCAGUAUGGCCUUGUCAAGUCACUCGCUCGCGAUGCCGUCGAUGUCAACCCACACUGCCGUAUUAACGCCGUCGCUCCGGGCCCUGUUGCGACCGCACAAUUCCAAAAGGAGUGCGCCGAUGAUCCAUCUGCCUUGUGGCGUGAAGCCCAAGCGACCGUGGCACUACAUCAACCGGUCCCGACUGAGGCAGUCGCAAGAGCCUGUCUUUUCCUUUCGAGCGACAGGUUUGCUGGCAAUAUAACUGGACAAGUAUUACCGAUUGACUCUGGAAAGAGCGGUGCUCUGAUGUGGCCAGAAGCACAAUAG